AAAAAAAAUCGUAGAUGACACGUCGUUCAAAAAUACAUCAAGGGAUUUUUCGUUUUACCACAUAAUUCUUGCAUUUUUGUCGCUAUGAGACGAGCCCAUAGUGGUAUGUGAAUUCAGUUAAACUUUCAACGUUAUGUUUACCUUAUUUUAGCAUUUUAUGUAUUAUUCUUUUUCGCUUCAGCUUCUGAUUAUCAAGGAAACAUGAGCCAACGAACAGACCAUCAAAUGCUUGAAGAGGAAAACGAUCGAAUGGUCGACCAUUUGUCAAGCAAAGUUCAGGCACUUAAAUCGGUAUCACAGAAAAAUUACUUUAUACAAGCUUGCGUACGCUUUUAUAUUUAUUAGUACAAAUUAUGAUUAUGUUUCAGUUGCUGUCUCAGCAGCUGAAUUAUCAUCAUUCUUCAUUUUUUGUAACUUGUACAAGACUCUCUAAUUUCAAGAUUUCUUAUUUCAGGAAAUAAGUUUAAAACAAAUCAUAGAAUAAGAUUUAGUUCUCGAAAAUUCAAACAGCCUGUUUUUUGUUUACAGAAAAAUGAGUUCUUAUCCUAUGGUUUGUUCUAAAUUUUUGGCGUAGAAUAAGAAAACUUUUUCUUAAAUUGAGAGAUUCAGAGCAAGCUAGAAUUUAGAGUGAGAAUUAAAAAAGAUGUGUCUCUCUCCUAAUCAACGUGAAGUAGUCUAGCUCAUUCUGAUUUGAUCAUGAAUUCUCCUGACACCAGCACUGUUAGAUCAAUCUCGAGUUUAGAGCUGUGACAAAAAAGGAAAUGCCCCAAAGAUAAAAUGAUUAGUCAAUUUCUCCUAGUAACUAAAGAAAUGUAUAGAAAAUGGUGUGCAGAUUUUAUACUUGUUUAUAAUGGGUGAUAUUAUUAUUAAUUUAAUGAAAACAGUAAUUACCGUUAAAGGAUGGAAGUAAACAAAAGUAAUUGUCUGUUCGUUCACAUCCAUGGCAGGAUUAGCUCAGUCAGUAGAGUGGUGGACUGCAGAGUGAGAGGUCGCAGGUUCGAUUCCCAGGGCUGGACCAAUACUUGGGGUGUUAAAAUAACUGAGAAGUGAAGGUACCUCCUUUGGCCUUCAAACAGCUUGAGCUUUACAUGGCUCAGAUGAUAACGUAAUGGCAGUCCCGUCUCCAGUUGGAGAUGUAGAAAUAGUGUCCCCCAGUACUUUCGUGCUAAAUACAUUGACACUCAAAUAAAGUGUAUUUUAUUUGUUUUUUUAUUCGUGAAUUUUACUUCAAUAACGUAUGUGUCAGUGUAUAAUAUUGCUGGUUUGUCUUGUUUUCUAUCUUGCAGCUUACAAUAGACAUUGGACAUGAAGUAAAAUAUCAGAACAAAAUGCUUGGCGAAAUGGUAAGCUUGGCUUUUUCAGUAACUGGCAAAUUUGUGUUACACUGUAGAUACAGUGUAGUAUUCUCUGUUAUCAUGCUUACAACCUGACUCUCUAGAGCUGAAAUGGUUCUCAAAUUUUAAGAAUGCAAUGUAUUCAUUUUCUGCUGUCAUGUGGAACCUAAAUCCAUACAGAAGUUCCAAGGCAUAGGAUCCAAGAAGGGUAAUCUUGUCGAUCUUGUGUAACUUCCGUAGAUAUGAUUUUUUGUGUUGUUGAAAUGGAACCUAUGGCUUUAGUUGUGUGUACUUAAGAGAGGUCAGUUUGAGUGGAAAGUUAAUGGAAAUUGAAGUAUGUAAAGAGCAGCUGCGAACAAAGUCUUGGGGACGGGAGAGCACUAUGUCACUCAGGCAUGAACAUAUGUGGAGUAGGCUGCAGAGAGACUGGGUAUGAAAAUUUCCAACCUGUUCUUACCAUGGGCUGCCUGUGGUAAAUUCUGAUACCGUCAAAUUCUGAAAAUAAGCCCCGGGGCUUAUACUUUUCAAAGGCCCUUUUUUGAGGGUCUUAGUUUUGGAGAGGCUUAUACUUGGAGGGGCUUAUGUAUGGAGGGGAAUUUGCAUUUCAAAAUCGAUUGGGCUAGUUUCUGAUCUAAGGCGCGCCUCUUGAUGCUGCGUAAGGGCCACCAUCCUUCACUCUAUUCAGCAUUUCUGCUCAAGGUCUUUCAGGUGGCUUCUUUUCUAUUAUUUUCUUUUCAAUAACUAAUGGGACAAGAUCACCAUGCUGUAGGGUAUGAUCAAGCCAGACUCUCUCUCUUCUGUUGAUAACAGAUAUGAUGGCCCUCUCCACACCAACAUGCCUCAAUACUUCUUCAUCACGGACCUUGUCAGACAAAUAAAUGUUUAAAAACUUCCUCCAAAGCCACUUCACACAGCUCUCCAUCCUUUCGCACAUCCUCUUUCUUGAAGGUCUACGAUUGGCUUCCAUACGGAACAGUCCUCCAUAUGACAGUCUUUAUAAUUCUUUUCUUUAGGCAAAGGCUGAGGGCUUUUGCCAGCAGUUCUUUUCUUUUAGUAAAUACAUGUAACAGGCAUGCACAGUUGUUAUUUCACUCGGUUCUUCAUUACAAUAGUUUGGUCAGUUCAUGAUCUCUUGUUAGUGUGAGAGCAGGUGUAACAAUAGCUUGUGAUACAGAUGGGCUCCUUAUUUCAAUGAAUGGUUUUCCUUCAUCGCAGAGCACUCAGUUAUGUACCACAUAUUGGAUAUUUCCUGUCAAAUUAUUUCCUGCUAACUGGUAAUUGUUUUUUGGAGGCCCUGACACUCAAAAAUGGAAAAAAAAACAACCUUUGGCCUUGGCUGGAGGUUGGCUUGUUGUUGGGUGGUGGCUUGUGGUUGACUUGGGCUCAAGUUUGGCUCCUGAAAAUAUUCUCUUUUGAGAGUGAUUUUUGAAAACCUUAGUGGAAAGUGGAAAAGUAUAGACUUGGCAGUGGACAACUUGCCUCCCACAAAGACAUUCUUUUGGCUCGUCAUGCAAUCCUCCUCACGAGACAAACCCAUAAGAAUAUCUGUGUGGGAGGGAGGCUAGUGUACAACUUGAAGAACUGUGAUCGGGAUGGGUGUUACACCUGAGACUGUCCAUAUGGUCAUGUGAUGCUGUUCAACAGAGUCCUGAAGUGUGACGUCAUAAAAAAUUAAAUUUGUGAAAUUAUGGGAUUUGUUGGAAUAUUUUGAAAGAACAACAUCCAAAAGGCCUACUUGCCAAAAACUAGCAUUUUGGCGAAAAUCAUCUUUGAGAUAUUAGUCCAGUUAUGCUCUGAUGACUCCACACAAACCCUUCUAAAUUUGACUUGGUUCAUAGGUUAAGAACAUAGGCAGGAGUUGAGUAUACAUUAGUCAGGUUGAAGGAAUAUUUGAGACACAUUUACGGUAAUUUGUUGGGUCUGUUGGGGGCUCAGAACAGGGAUAUUGACCCUACUUUGCAGACAUCACAAACCAGGGUUAAAUUAAGUCUGUAAUGCAGUCUAAGUCUUACCUUGUUUUGUUGUGUUGCAUCAUGUUGAUGUUCUGUAAAGCCAAUGUUAAUUCAAAGUAUCAGCCUUCCUAGUAUGUAUGUUAUCUCUAAUUACUGAACUCACUUUAGGAUCACACAUUCAGUUGUAACACUGAUGAAGGGCCAGGCCCGAAACGUUUGGAUAGGAACUGCAUCUGCAACACAGCACUUUUGUUCAUCAUUACUUAUUAUUGAACAUUCAGUUGUCAGCCUGAUAACUUGACGUUUUUCUCCCAAUGUGUUGUAGGACACAGAUUUUGAUUCUGGAGGCUCACUGUUAUCAGCAACAAUGGGAAGAUUAACAGCAUUGACCAAGAAAGGCCAUCACAGGGUUAUGCUCUAUUUGAUUCUCUUUUGUUUGUUUGUUUUCUUUGUUGCAUGGUACAUUAUUAAGAGAAGGUGAAGAAAUUAAACGGA